AUGGACCAGACAUCACAGUCGCCGGGAGGCUUCAUCGCCGGGGCGCCGGACAGUCGCGACGACGGACACCGACAGCCCAAAGCCGCGGGACAGAGCGAAAGCUAUGGCCAUGGCAAUCUCAUCGACGGCACGUUUACCGACGACGCGAUGCCCCUGUCUCCGGCGUCAGAAUCAGCGGCCACAACAACACCGCGGGAGCUCGAGUCCAGGUUCGACGCUCCCGCGUGGCUCAAGCAAAAACGACGGCGUCCGCUACGGGGACUGCUACGGUCUUCGCGCCGCGCUCUGAGGCUGAGGCGCUCGCCUUGCGGCAUGUUCCUCCUGAUGCUGGCGGCGGUGCUGGGAACCUUGGCCGCGUAUACUUGGAGGAGAGAAAAGGGCUUCGAUGCGCCGUGGGUUCCCGACCCGGAGUCGCAGCGCUUCGCGCUCCAGCCUCUGCCAACGCCGCUGAACCGGACGCUCGUGGCCGACUACGAGCUGCCACUGCGGACCAAGGGCCGGUAUAUCGUGGACGCCGCGGGCCGGCGCUUCAGGCUCUCGUCAGUAAAUUGGUACGGGGCUAGCGACGAGCUGUUCGUGGCAGGCGGGCUGGACGUGCGGCACCGGGCCGAGAUUGCACAGACGAUCAAGAAGCUGGGCUUCAACAGCGUGCGACUGCCGUACGCGGACGAGACGGUGCGGGCCAACCCGCGCAUCGACGCGGAUCUGGUGGCGGCGAACCCGGACCUGGCGGGGCGGCGGGCCAUGGACGUCUUGGAGGCGGUAGUGGAGGCGCUGACCGAGGCCGGGUUGGCCGUCAUCGUCAACAACCACAUCACGAGCGCUACGUGGUGCUGCGGCGUGGACCCGUGCGACGCGGGCUGGGCCAACGACCACCUCGGGCCGCUGUGCCGGGUGCGGCAGACCGAGGACGAGUGGAUCGAGAACUGGGAGGACGUCAUGGCUCGCUUCGUCAACAACCCGCUCGUCAUCGGGGCGGACCUGCGCAACGAGGUGCGCGGGCUCUGGGGAACGAUGCCGUGGGCCAAGUGGGCAACGGCGGCGGAGCGGUGCGGGAACCGGCUGCUGCGGAUGAGGCCGGACUGGCUGAUCGUGGUCGAGGGCACCGAGUCGGCCAACGACGUGUCGGGGGCGCGGACGCGGCCGGUGCGGCUCGACGUGAGCGAGCGGCUCGUGUAUUCGGCGCACGUGUAUAAGUGGUCGGGAUGGGGCAGCGUGGACGGACGGUUCCAGCAGCGCACGUACGCGUCGUUUGCGAGGGCCAUGGAGCGCAACUGGGGCUACCUGCUGUCGAGCCAGGUCGCGCCCGUCUGGGUGGGCGAGCUCGGGGCGCCGGGGCGGCCGUCGGUUGGCGAUGCGCAUUACUGGCAGCACCUGUGGCGGUUCCUGCGCGAGGUGGACGCCGACUUUGGAUACUGGGCGCUCAACGCGAGGAAGCCGGCGGGCAACGAGACGGAGACGUACGGGCUCGUGGCCGACGACUGGGCGACGCCGGUGCUCGACUUUCGGCUCAAGGACAUGCUGGAGCACAUGAGGAGGGCGUGA